UCUCACGAUCACACUCGAUCGGUUUCUCUCUCUGCCGAACGACGCCACGACCUCCAAUUGAUAUUAGCUCCGUCUCUGCAACCCCUUCUCCGCUUUCUUCCCUUCCCUCCCCGCCAUGACGUCCCUCUUCUUCUCCACCCCCGUCGAUAUCGACGUCGUUCUCGACGACGGCGAUGACCGUCAGUCGGUCGACGUCAAGCUCGACAAGGGUCGUCGCGAACGGGUCCCGCUGUACAUGGAUGGCGAGUCGGUCAAGGGUGCCGUGACGGUCCGACCCAAGGAUGGGAAACGAUUGGAGCACACCGGCAUCAAGGUGCAGUUCAUUGGAACGAUCGAAAUGUUCUACGACCGUGGCAACCAUUACGAAUUCCUCUCCCUGGUGCAGGAACUCGCCGCCCCCGGAGAAUUACAACACCCCCAGACCUUCCCCUUCAACUUCAAGAACAUCGAGAAGCAGUACGAGUCCUACAAUGGCAUCAACGUCAAGUUACGGUAUUUCGUCCGCGUCACGGUGUCCCGGCGCAUGGCCGACGUAGUCCGGGAGAAGGACCUGUGGGUCUACUCCUACCGCAUGCCCCCAGAGACCAACAGCCCUAUCAAGAUGGAUGUGGGUAUCGAGGACUGCCUGCAUAUCGAGUUUGAAUACUCCAAGUCGAAAUACCACCUGAAGGAUGUUAUCGUGGGACGGAUCUAUUUCCUUCUCGUGCGCCUGAAGAUCAAGCACAUGGAGUUGUCCAUCAUCCGACGCGAGACGACCGGUUCGCCUCCCAACCAGUAUAAUGAGAGCGAGACGUUGGUGCGGUUCGAGAUCAUGGAUGGUUCGCCUUCUCGGGGUGAAACGAUCCCUAUCCGUCUGUUCCUCGGCGGGUUCGACUUGACGCCCACCUUCCGCGACGUGAACAAGAAAUAUUCCACCCGUUACUAUCUGAGCUUGGUCCUCAUUGACGAAGACGCCCGCCGUUACUUCAAACAAUCCGAAAUUGCCCUCUACCGCCAGGCCCCCGAGAUCGCCUCUACGCCGCAGAUAGCCCAGCAGCAACUGAUCCAACAAGAGCAGAUUCAGAAUCAAUACCAGCAGCAGUUGCCGCCCGGUUCGGCCACUACCGGACCCGGACGCGAGGCGCCCUCAGCCCCAGCCUCAACAUGUGACCGCUCCCGCGGCGUAAUCCUCGCCUGA